AUGUUCAUCUUUCUAAGCAUUAUACAACUUCUAACUUACACGUUAUUUGAUGUCACUUCUUGUGUAUUUCCUUCACUUUCGCAUCCACCGACGAUAAGAAACAAACUUUUACUAGCUUGGAGCACCCGAUAACAACCCCUCGCGCCAGGAUUCCCCUCCUCCCGAAGUAACCCAGGGAACAGGCAAGGCGAGCCUUUUACUUUUUAACAGUUUCGCCGAAAUUCAAUUUCUUGGAUUUGAAUUUCUCCAAAUUUCGAAGCUUUUCACAUUAUUUCGUCGCUUUGGGAGGGAUUCAAUUUGCUGGAUUUGGAUUUCUCCAAUGCCAAAAUUUUUUGAUUUUAGGGAUUUUCUCUGAAACUCAAUUUCCUGGCAUCGAAUGCCUCAAAGUUCGAAGCUUUCCUCAUUAUUUUUCCCCUUUGGGAUUCAAUUCGCUGGAUUUGGAUGUCUCAAGUCCCAAAAUUUUUGAUUUUAAGCCUUUUUUCUGAAAUUCAACUUUCUGGAUUGAAAUCUCUCAAAUUUCGCGGCUUUCUCUAUUAUUUUGCCCCUUUGGGAUUAAAUUCGCUGGAUUUUUAUUUGUCAAAUCCCAAAAUUUUUGAUUUUAAGCAUUAUUUUUGAAAUUCAAUUUCUUGGAUUUGGAUUUCUCUCAAAUGUCGACGCUUUCCGUAUUAUUUUGUCGCUUUGGGAUUGAAUUCGCUGGAUUUGAAUAUCUCAAAUCCCAAAAUUUUUGAUUUUGAGCAGUUUCGCUGAAAUUCAAACUCUUGGAUCAUUAGCUCAUGAGCUGAGGGGCUCGUGGGUUCAUGAGUUCACGAGCCCAGCAUGGGUUCACGGGUUUACGAGUUUAUGAGGCCCCAAGUUCCUGAGUGCGUGAGCUCUUGGGCUCUUGAGUUUGGGGGUUCGCGGGUUCACGAGUUCAUGGGCUCCUGAGUUCAUGAGUUCAUGGGUUUGUGGUCUGUGUCUCGGAGGUUUGGGGCUUGGGAGUUUUUUUGUCGGAGGUUGAGGGUUUGGGCGUUGGAGGUUCGGGUGUUGGAGGUUGAGGUUUCGGAGGGGGAGUGUUUGCUGAAUUUUGUUGCUCUUAAUAUUAGGAGUCUUUUUCCCAUAAGAUCGCCGUCUUAGAGAAAGCGGACUGAUCCGUAGCAAUCUUCAAAAGAACAUCAGAAGUUUCCCAUCCCCAAAUGGAAAUACAAAGCCCACCACCCAGUAAGAUUUUUAGUAUAACAAGACUGGGAUGUAGUUGCCUCGUCGAUCUUUACUCAAAUUAUUUCAGACCUCCUCUGGUAUUUAUAGGAAGGAAAUCAUGGGAAGAGGGAAGAGGCUUCACCUUUCUGAACACUCACACCGCCCACACCAUGGGAAGGAAGACACACUUCUUGGGCGGGGGACAAGCCCUGGUGCAAUGACACCUGACUUGGACUGACCUUACUUUCUUGAUGCAAUAGAGUAGAGCUCUGGUGGAGUCGCGGUGCUGAUAUGUCGUCCAUCUUUGCGUGAAGCAGGAUGAUAACGGGUUUAUCUUCUUGUAAACAAGUAACCAAACUGCCCUGUUGCCCUCGAUUGAAAUGCUUUCGUUUAAAGUUCUUUAGAGAUUUCUAU